UCUGUAAGAGAGAGAACAGCACAUUGCCACAGACCUGAGAAACAUCUCACCUGUUCCACACACACACGCACACACACACACACACACACAGUCCUGCCUGUAGGCAGGUGGCAUUUAGUCCACAGACUGCCGCAUAUCUUUUUUUAUUUUCUCUCUGUUUAUCGCUCCCAUCCAUUACAUUCUCCUCUGUCUAUUUAUUGUUUUCUGAUGUAACUUUCAAAGCUUUAUCAUACACAGAAAACAAGUGUUGUAACGCAGUGGAUUACUUACUCCCUCGCCAAGAUGUGACAUAGUGCAAGAAAGGAGUGCAUCCAGGAGGCCUCGAGAAGAUUUGUAACCAAGAGCUACUGUUCUCUGUCUGUGACCAUGUGAACAUCCACUGCAGAAGAAACCCACUGGAGCUUCCAUAACAGCGUGAUUAGCUUCCCAAGCUGAGCACCUGGGGUCGUUACCUUGGGCCAAAGGAAGAACGGCAGGGCCGGGGAGUUUAUGACGCCGGGGUCUGCCAGUCUCCAGGGGCGCGAGCAGUGAUGGAGGACGUGUCUGAGGUGCGCAGCGACGGCAGCUCCCUGCUGAAGGCCGUCUACCUGAGCCGCCUGCGCCUGACCCGCCUGCUGCUGGAGGGCGGGGCCUACGUCAACGAGAGCAACGAGCGCGGCGAGACGCCGCUGAUGGUGGCCUGCAAGACCAGGCACGCCGACCAGCAGAGCGUGCCCAAGGCCAAGCUGGUCAAGUACCUGCUGGAGAGCGGCGCCGACCCCAACAUCCAGGACAAGAGCGGCAGGACGGCGCUCAUGCACGCCUGCCUGGAGCGGGCGGGGCCCGAGGUGGUGGCGCUGCUGCUGGGGAGCGGGGCCGACCCCAGCCUGGAGGACCACCGCGGCUCCUCCGCCCUCAUCCACGCCGUCAACACCGGCGACAAGGAGACGCUGCGGGUGCUGCUGGACGCCUGCAAGGCCAGGGGCAAGGAGGUGAUCAUCAUCACCACCGACAAGCUGCCCUCCGGCCAGCAGAUGACCAAGCAGUACCUCAACGUGCCCCCGUCCCCGCACCUGGCCGACUGGCCGCAGGCAGCCUCCGGGAUGCCCUGCACGUCGCCGUCCGAAAUCGAGCUGCACACCUUGCCCCAGGCCGCCCGCGGGCACCUCUUCACCUUCGGGGACUGCCAGGGCUCCGGGGCAGGCGUGGCGGCGGCCUCCCAGCCCGGCUCUCCCACCCACAGGCCGGGCCCCGCCCACGGCGGCCUGCCCAGGCUGCUCCACCUGCAGCGGCUCAACUCGGAGCCCUGGCUGAAGAUCCCGCCGUGCCUGCUGGCGCAGCAGACCAAGGCCUCCUCCCUGGCCGAGGACCUGCCGGACAUCACCCCCGAGGAGGAGCUCUCCUUCAGGCUGAACGGGCUGAGCGUGCCCAGGGCCCCGGCCGCGCGCCACCAGGGAGCCGACCCCCGGGACGCCCCCUGCUGGGGCCAGGGGACGGAGCAGACGCCCUGCGCUGACGGGGCGUCCGUGUGGGGCGCGGGGCUCAGCCGGAAGACGCCCCACGACGACGUCUCCCCGAUUCGCUUCUCCGCCUCGCACCCGGACCUCCGCCGCCAGUGCGCGGCGGCGGCCGCCGCCAGCUCGGCCGGCCGCGACGCGGACUGCUACCCCAACCUGGCGGUGUCCAGCCUGCGGAACAUCCUCCAGCGCCGGGCGGUGGGCGCGGAGCACUACAGCUCCGACUCGCAGCUGUGCCGGCGCAGCGCCCUCCCCGCCGACGACGGCAGGGGCCUGCUGGAGAAGAGGAGGCUGGUCUCCUCCCGCUCCUCCACCCUGCUGGGCUCCCGCGAGUGCGCCGAGGGCCCGGCGCAGGCCGGCAGGAGGCACCCCGCCGUCCUGGAGCGCAGGGGCUCGGGGGCCGCGCCCCCCGACCACACCCCCCACGCCAGGCCCGGCCACCUGCCCCCGCUCAACCCGCACGCGCCCAUCCCCCACAUCGGGGUCACCCCCAGCGUCGGCGGCGGCGGCGCGGGCUGGGCAGGGGGCGCGGGCGGCGGCGGCGGCGAUGUGCUCAGGCCCCUGAUCCCCACGGCUCCCAGCUUCCCCAAAGACCACAAGGCCAAGAAGACGCUCCUCAGGCGACACUCCAUGCAGCCGGAACAGAUCAAGCAGCUGGUCACCAUGGAGGAGGUCUUCAGCCACUGAGCCUCGCGCGGACGCGCCGCGUUGGAAACGACCGCUGUGCUCUUAACCUCGCCUGCACACGCGUGCACCGCGUUCCAUGUGCGCUCACAUCCUAUGCUCCAUCCAGCUUCAGCAACACGAGCUAUUUUUGAGUCGGUAUUGUUGUUACACGUAACUAUUAUUGCUUGCGAUUACUUACAAUCAGAGAAAUUACAGAAAAAAUCAUUUAACGAGACUGUACAGCAGGGAUACUCAAGAUACUCAGAUUUGGCCCAAUGUUUGGUACGAGAUGAUAGGUUGUACAUAAUAUAUUAUUAUAUUAUACAUUAUAUAGCACAUGCUGAUUGUUCCUCUGAUUAUAAGCAAAGUGAUAAUGUUGGCAGUACCUAAUCAGAGGAAGACAGGU